AUGGAUGCGCUUGUCCCUGAGCAGCAUAGCCAGCCAGCCACCCACGUAGGCUCGUGUAGCAAUGGUCAUCGCAUGUCUGGUGGAAAACGAGCCAGAGUGACAUCAGAGUGGAGCACCGGCGGGAGCCAAAACCUGACCACUGAAACUUACGGUUUCACCUCAACAUCGUUGGAUGAUAAUUCUAGCUCAGGCGGGAAGCCUUGCACCAAAACCACCACCAUUUACGAUCAUGACUCCAUGGAGGAUGAAGAAGAGAAGCAAGCGGGAGAAAAAUCACCAGUUUCAACUAAGAGAAGCAAAGCCGCUGCUAUUCAUAACCAAUCCGAACGAAAGAGGAGAGAUAAGAUCAAUCAAAGGAUGAAGACUUUGCAGAAACUGGUUCCCAAUUCCAGCAAGACGGAUAAAGCGUCGAUGUUGGAUGAAGUGAUAGAGUACUUGAAGCAACUUCAAGCACAAGUGAGCAUGAUGUGCAGAAUGAACAUGCCUUCAAUGAUGCUUCCCAUGGCCAUGCAGCAACAACAACAACAACUUCAACUCUCUCUCAUGUCCAGUUCCAUGGGUUUAGGGCUUGGCAUGGGGAUACCGGGUCUAGGUCUUCUCGACCUUAAUUCUAUGAACCGAGCUGCUGCAACGGCUCCUAAUAUUCAUGCCAACAUGAUGCCGAACCCAUUUGUGCCCAUGACUUCUCCAUCGUGGGAUGCCUCCUCUUCGACCGACACUCGAUUUCAGUCUCCUCAUAUCCACGAUCCUAUGCCAGCCUUUCUUUCAUGUUCCUCGCAGCAAACGACGAUGGAAGCAUAUAGCAGGAUGGCGGCAUUAUAUCAGCAAAUGCAACAACAGAUACCUCCUCCCUCAAAUCCAAAAUGA